CAAACACGGCGUCUUGAAGCUCUUGAACUGCUUUGACAUGGAUUGUGAGACACCAUGUUCAUUCAAGUUUGCUGAUGAUAAGAUUAUAGAGUCUACACCGGCAAAGCUGGCUGGUAUAUUUUGCAUGCAGAGGAUUGGAAGCAGAAAGGGUCAGAAGCUGUUAAAGUACUAUUGUCCUAGUGAUUUGACUGACAAUGUUUUAUACAGCAAAUACUUCACCGAUAUCAAAUCUACAAAGCAUCAGACGACGGUGACUAAGACAAACAUUUUAGAGAAGAUAAAACAACUUAUGGCAAAAAGGAGAAAAAGUGGGAAAAGAAAGAAAGUUGAUGAAAAGGAUCUAGUUUGCCUGAUAGGUCUUUAUCUUUGCUGUGUAUUGUUUUUUGGCGACAAAAAUGCCAAUGGAGUGAACGCGAAAUAUCUUAGUAUCGUUGAAACUUAUGAUACGGUGCUCAAGGUGUCGUGGCCUGAUUUAAUACACGAGCACUUGUUUGAAGAGAUUCAUACUAAUCUUAGUUGUUUGUCAAAUGUGAAGGCUUGUGUGCAAUACCUACUGUUAUUGUUUGCUGAACACACGCCAGCAGGAUUAAUCCCGAAAGUUGAGAACCACGAGGAAGAUAUCCCGAGGGUUGGGAGAUGGGAUAUAUACCAGAUUUCUGAUUACAUUUGGAAAACAGACAUGACACAGUUUUCGCCAACUCCUAGCUUUGUGGCUGAGUUUUCACAGCUUGAGAAGCAGCUGGGUAUAUCAACCGUGGUACCCAGCAAGGACGACCUGCAAAGUUGGCUGAAAGCGCAAACUAUUGAGAAUAGCCAUCUGAAAGAGCAACUGCAAGAAAAGCAAGCAAUGCUUAAAGCAGUGUAUGCAAUUGCAAGAGAAGGGAUAUCAGAAGGGGACCUUUCAGGAACAGCGGAAUUCAAGGUUCACAAAUUUAGUUGCCAAAUUAUGCAAGCAAUGGGUAUUGAUCCUUACAAAGUGACCCAGGAAGAGUUUAUGCAACAUGAAGAUGAUGUACAUGGAGGUACUGAGCAUGGAGCUACUGAGCAUGAAGAAGAAGAGUUACAAUUAGUUGAGACAGAGCAACAAGGAGAUGGAAGUACUGAGCAAGAGAAAGAGAAAGACACUCCACCAAAGAAAAGGCCUGUCGCAAAGCAAAAGCCCACUCCUACAAAUAAUGUUGAUGAGGAGCAGAAGAAAGAUGUUGAAGAGACACCUGUUACGGAUGAGGCACAGAAGAAAGCUGCAGAUGGUGGAGUUGUGGAUGGGGCAGGUGAUGAUGUAGCUGCAAAAGCCGUAGGUGAUGAUGUUACUGCAAAAGUCAAUGAGGAUACACCUGCAACUGUUGGUGACGGUUUGGUUAUGACUGCUCCAACUCAGCCAACUCCUGGAACUUUUGAUGACAGUUCUGCUUCAACACAGUUUGAGGACUCCAUGGUGAUAACUGCUACAACACCGCAAACACAGCCUGACAAUGCUCAGACCUACAGGUUGGUGCAACUAGGAGCUAACCCCGAUGAUAUGACGAAUGUUGAAGUGAGUGAAAUGAUAGAUGAGAUCGUCAGCAACAUUAACAAAACUGAACAUGGACCCGCAGUGACGGAGAAUGCAGAACCUACCUCAACUGCUACAACGCAGGAAAACGUUUUUAGCCUUGGAUUAGAAAAAACUCCAAAACCUGCAGGAGAGUUACUGAAGGAAGCUGCAAAUGCAAUAAGAAAAGGCAACCAUCAUUCAUACAACAACGUGUGCUGA